AUGUCUGCGGGUCGUUUGUGCCGAGUGAUGGAAGCUGCUGCUGCUCGGGGCCCCUACGACUUGAACACUUGGAUUCGCUUUGUGGCGAGGGCGGAGAUGGUGCUGCCGUCAAUGGGGCCCUCGCACUUGGCGCGGCUGGCUUGCUGCUGCUUGAGGGUUUCCUGGAGGCCAGCAGCAUUUUUGAGUGUUUGCUUCAAGAGAAACCCUAGAUUGGGGGUUUUGCUGCAGCAGGCCGCAGCCAGGGACCUCUGCGCCAUUCUGCAAGCACUCGCGGGUUUGGACUGUCUCGACAGCCGCGUCUUUUGUCUCAUCGCUGAUCGCCUCGCGGAGCACGACACCAUCAAGGACUGCCGCUUCUUCCAGUUAGCGCUUGUAC